AUGACUGUUGUUUAUGGCUUUAAUACUGUGGAAGAGAGGAGAAGUUUAUGGAGUAGUCUGGAAGAUAUAGCACAGAGCACUAACUGCCCAUGGUUAGUAUGUGGAGAUUUCAAUGCAAUGCUAGUAACUGCUGAUAGACAGAGCUCUCAUCCUGUAACAUUCAAUGAAGUUAAGGAUUUCUCAGAAUGCAUUAACUCAACUCUAUCAAAUGAAUUACAGUGGAAAGGUGCUUAUUAUACAUGGAGAAACAAGCAAAAAGGAGGAGAAAGAGUCAAUAGAAAAAUUGAUAGAGCUUUUGGAAAUCAUGACUGGAUGGGGCCAUGUUAUUCUUCAACAUAUGGUGUGAGCAUGAACAGUUCCUGCAAGCAACUGGAUAAAGAUCCCAUGCAGAAUAUCUGGAAUAAAAUGAAGGCAAUGAGACAUAUAUUCAGACAAUUAAACCAGAAGGAAUUCAGAGUAACUGUGGGAAAGAUUGACAAAGCUAGAGAAGAUCUUCAAAGAAUCCAGACAGCAAUGAAAGGUAAUUAUGAUGACAGUUUGCUAAUUGAAGAGAGAGAAGCCCUGAUGAAUCUGGAAAAAUGGAAUCUGAUAGAGGAGAGUAUAUUGAAGCAGAAAUCUAGAGCUCAGUGGAUACAGCUUGCAGACUCAAAUUCAAAAUACUUUGCUGCUGUUAUAAAGGAUAGAACUCAAAGGAAACAAAUCAAAGAGCUCAAAGCAUUGAAACAUGGUAAGAUGCUGACUAAUCCUAAUGACCUAAAGCAAGAAAUUAUUUCAUUUUACAAAGGGCUAAUGGGAAGUUCAUAA